AUGUCAAACGAUCAUGAUAGCAAGAUUGGUGUUUCAGAAUUGAAAGCAUUGUUGAAUCAAUUGAAUUCUUCAAGCGGCAUCGAGGAUCAAGUAAUCGAAAAUUUAGAACAUUUGGUAUCCGGUCUCCGGGCUUGCAAAAAUGUGAUCAUCGAUCAAGGGUCAACGACAAAAAGUAAAUCGGAUGCGUGGUCGAACGUGGCAAGUGUUGUGGAAAUAUUCGCCAACUCGUCAAAGAAAGAAAAACCACGAGAUCCACUUGGAAAUUACGGAGUCAUCGAAUUAAUAAUAGAGUUCAUGAAACUUAAUGACGUUCAAUCUCAGCCAUCGGUCGAUUUUCAAUGUCUUAGAGCACUUGCGAACAUUUGCAUUUCAAGUGACACAAACCGACAGAGAAUUCUAGAUUCUGGUGGUGUUGAAACGCUCCUGACGUGCAUAAGAAAACAAAGUAACUUGGACACAAUAAAAGGAGCAUGUGCUACAUUGCUAAAUGUUGGAAUGAAUUAUGAUAAUGCCAAUGUUGAAAUUGUGAAAUCGGAUGGUCUAAUUGUGAUUACUCGCUUGCUAGAACCAAAUACCAUCUUGGGACACUAUGAAACGCAUUUGGCUCGACCAGUGGUAUAUUUUGCUACACGUUUAGUUAUAAAUUUGGUCGGAACAGAUGAGGGAAAACAAAAAAUCGCUGAUAAAGAGAUAAUAGCAUCCUUAGUACAUCUUCUUUCAUAUUCAUCGUCAAAGUCUGCAACUGAUGAUGAUGUGGACCUAUUAGAGAAUGUUUUGGAAAUUUUGGAGAUUGCAUCACUCGAUAAUGAUGAAGUUCAGCAAAUUUUGGUUCAAGAUGGAUUCUUUCCUGGAUUGUUGGAUUUCCUGGAAUUUUCUAGAGAGCCUCCAGACUGUGAGAAAAAUAUAGUCAAACGUUAUGGUGAAUGCAAGGCAGUAGCUUUGAAAAUAAUUGUGGUCGCAACUGGCAGUGAUAGAAAUAUGGAACCAUUGUUCGAUGAUACUGUAAUAUUCCAUCGUCUGCUUCACUGGCUAAAUUUAGGUCCAGAAAGGGAUGAUCUUCAGAUGUGUGCUGCCUUGUCGCUGGGAAAUCUUGCUAGAACCAGUCUGUUAAUUCAAAUAGAUGCACAUUGCAUAAAGUUAGUGCACGAAUUUAAAAUAGUAGAACCUCUUGUAAAUGUCUUGCGCACUUCAAAUAAUGUCAAAGUACAACACGCAGUCGUCGGAAUAUUAAAGAAUUUGUCACUUCCAGCCCAAAACAAAACCAUCAUCGGAUCUCUUGGUGUCAUUGGACUUGUAUCGCCGUUUUUGGAAAAAGAUGACGUUCAAUCUAUACAAUUGGGAGCUGUCGGAAUACUUAAACAUUUGGCUACCCAAAAUGUUGUGAAUUGUAAAAAGAUCCUUUUAGGUGAGAACCCAGAUGGUCCUGAAAGACCACUUACCCGUAUAUUGAAUCUUAUUAAACGUACCGACAAUGUUGCUGUUAAAAGCGAAGGAACACGUAUCAUAUUUCACCUCAUUAAAAACGUCUGGGCCGGAGAUCCACACUUAGACUUAGAAGGAACGCACUUGAACACCUUACGUUUGGAAUUAAAUAGGAAAGAGGUUGUUCGACCUCUUGCAAACAUGAUUACGGAAUCAAAAUAUCCAAUACUUCAAAACGAGGGUGUAAUGGCUUUAGCCUUACUGGUAAUGGAUGAUUCUGCAGGUGGUGAAGAUGCCAAUCCAACAUUAAAUAUUCUUACAUCAAGCGAACAACAAAUAGAGGAAAUCGCGGAUGAAGAAGUUGCUGACAAGACGGAAUCAGAAAUAGCAGAAACCUCGAGCCCGGAUGCUGUGAAACCAUUAACUACACUUGAAGCGCUGCUUGGAAUAUUACAGAGCAAGCAACAGGAAGAAAUCAAAAUUAAUGUUUGUUCAUUCCUCGAAAAGUCGGCGAAUUCGGCAAAUGGUACUCAAAAACAGUAUCUUCGGGAGAAAGUGCUCCUCAGUUUGAAAUCACUAAUAUCGGAAGCAGAAAAAGGGUCGACACAUCCCGGUGAAAUUAGCAUUAAUCUGAAAGGCAAAAUAGAGGAUGUUAUUAAAUGUCUUGGUUGA